GUGCGACGCACACGAAGGCGCGUCGUUGAAUUCCGCUAUCGGCAGCGAGGGAGAGACGGAGAGAAAGAGAAAGAGCCAGAGCCAGUGUCGUGUCGUGUUGCGGUGGCAGUGUUUAGCGGCGGCAGCAUAUUGUCAACGGGAAUUCGUGUUAGCGAGGCUUGUGGGUCGACGUGAGAACGACGACGAGAUGUCGAGCGGUGCGGACGAGUGCAAGCUGAAGGGCGGUCAUCCCCCGGCAGUUAAGGCGGGCGGCAUGAGAAUAACGCAGCAUAAGACGCCGAAGGAGGAACGCGAAACAAAACCUAGCAAAGACGUCGAGGAGAGCAAGCCGUCGAGCAGUCCGCCGAAGACGAUAAUGAUCAGCGGCGCUCCGGCCAAAGGAAAUGCUGAUUUUCCACCAGAAGCUGUGCAACACUUCCACGAGAAACCUACACCGACGCACGACGCACGGCCGGCGCAUUGUUCGCGUCCCAUUAUCAUUCAACAGCCCAGGAAGUGAGCCGUAUUUUGCGAGUUAUGUACUUUGCUGAUGGACUUUGAUCCACAGUGUCAUCCGUUGAAUUUACGAAAAAGAAAA